GCCCCGCCCCCAUCUCCUACCCUUCCCUCCCACAGAGCGCGGGCGAGAUCUCCCUGCACAACGUGUCCUCCUUGUUUCGAACCCUAGUGGGCGCCCGAGAGGAAGUCUCUGGGGCUGAACCUGAGGCCGAGGCAGAGGGCGCGACCCCGGAGUCUGAGCCCGCGAGCUCCAGACCUUUCCGGGUUCACUUCUUGCCCUUGGGGGCCGCCCCGACCCUGCACCACCGAAGUCGCUUCUGCAGCCGAUUCCACCUUCUCUACGUGUCGUGCGGGAUGGUUCACCAGCUGAGCCCAGAGCUCGGGGCCUGCGUGGCUCCUGGGGGACGCCUGGUAGUGGAAUUGGCGAGGUACCUUGUGGACUUGCGGGCUAAGCAGCUGGAGAGUUUCUCUGAUCGGGUCCGGGAGCUGGCUGAGGCUGCAGGCUUCGUGGCAGAGCCCCGCGAGGGCCCCCCGGAAACCUUCGCCCGCUUCUCCAGAAAGCCCCAGCCUGUUGGUGAUGCGCUGCAGCCUCAGGAUGGCCCUGAUUUAGGUGUGAAGGCCAAAGCCCCGCCCCUCGAUGGCAUGACUCCUCCCUCAGAGACUCUGAGCCCGCCCCCGGAGGCCUCUGAGCCCGCCCCUCCGGAGAUCCUGAGCUCCUCUUCAAAUGCUGAUGCCGCUAUAGUGCUGGUCCCGCCUCCUGAGGCCUCCGAGCCCGCCCCCUCUGGCAUUCGGAGACCAGCCGAGAGUCCAGACGCUGCUGGAAUGCUGAGCCCGCCCCUUGGCGCUGUGACUCCGCCCCCAGAGAAUCUGAGCCAGCCUAUCGAUGCUGAGAUAGGCCCUCCUGGAAUGCUGACUCCACCCCCUGCGGACCCCACCCCCGCCCCCUCCGGCAUUCCGAGUCCAGCUCUGGGUCCUGAAGAUUCCGGAAAGCUGAGCCCACCCCCCGGGGGGCCCGGCCAACCGUCUGCCACCAGACUCUGACCCCAGCCUGGGGGUGUCCCAGGCCUUCCAGAAUUUGCUUUUGGCCCCGGAUCCCGAGACUCAUGGGGUUCUGGCCUCGCCGCCCUGGCCCCCGAUUUUCUUCAAAGCCCUGCCCUUCACCCCACCAUAGACGCCUUUCUGGGCCCCAGGAUUGUGGUCCCAGCCCCCCGGGAGUCCCUUGCCCUCCCUCCCAUGGAGACAGGAGUUGUUAGAAUAAAGAAUCGGACCCUA